AUUUGUGUUUGUGUGUGUUGGUAAACAGGUGCUGAAAGGCUUAGAGUAUGACUCAGAGAGUGUAAGCCUGUGUGGACGUUCCGUACCUGUGCAAGUUCCUGCAGCAGGUUAGCAUAAGUGGCGUGACAGGAACUUCAAACUCCAGUACAGCUACUCAGGUGUCCCACUGCAACCAUGACUGAGAAAGAGUACUGCAGGAUGGGAAGCCUGGAUGAAAUCCCCUUCCAGAUUCCCCUGGGUUCUUUGGAUGAGCCACUGGGAAAGAUGAAUCUAGUCACCGACCCAGAGAUCAAUUUAUCAGACUACGACCAAAUAAUAAAGGAUACAAAGUAUGAGUUCUCUUUGGAGAACUGGAUUCUCUAUGGGGUAAAUGCUGUGUCUAAGGACCGCGGUAAACCACUGUGUGCGGUUCCAUCCUGUCCGCCAUACUGGCUGCUUUUAAGCAGCCCUAGGCAGAGGCCUGGCACACGCCACCGCAGCAAAGAACUGAGUGAGGAAGGGCCACGGGCACGGAGCCUGAGCCUGAGUGAAGCGGGGGAACCCCAAAGACGACGCCAGCCACGUUCUGUUCACUUUCUUAUGGCAGACUCUGAGUGUGAGGGUGCAGGCUACCGUGAGGAUGACGAGGGAUCCUCUAGUGAGGAAGAGACCCCAGCUUUGCGCUCUCGCAGUGCGGAGAGACCACGCAGCUCCGGAACAAAGCGCCAGGCAUCGCUGCUCCGAGAAGUCCAGCGGCGCUCGGCCUCUCAGCUUUCACUGCUCAGCUCGCCCAGUCCCCCAGCAAGCCAGACCAAGAAGAGCUCCACAGGCAGCCCACAUGCCCAGAGGUCCUCACGCAAGAAAACCAGCUCUGGGGUCUCCGGUGGGAAAAGGCACUCACUUACACACAAGCAGACCAAUGUACACUCCCCCCUUCAGCAAAGACCCUCUUCAGCUGGCCCUCAGCCUUCUACCCGCCAACACAAGCCUGCUCUGCAGGCUCUUCGUCCACGCAGUUCUCACGGAGGCCGUAGUUCGGGCGUGGACUCUUCAGUGGAGUUGCUCUAUGCUCUGAGCAAGGAAGAGAGAGAGCUGCUGGAGACCAUCAUUGCUCAGGGAUACACACCCAACUCUGCCAUUCUUGCUCUGCAGCGGACUGGUCCUCGUAGUGCUGAACAGAUUCUAAACUAUCUGCUGGCCUGUGAUCGUCUGUGUGCUCUGGGUUAUGAAAAGACUCAGGUGGAGGACGCUCUGGAAAUGUUUCAGAACUGUGAGAGCAAGGCUGCAGAGUUUUUGCGGUUGCUGGCUCAGUUCCGUGAGAUGGGCUUCCAGCAGAGCACCAUUAAAGAGGUUCUGCUGUUACACGAGAACCACCGAGAGAGAGCGCUGGAGGAACUCAUGACUCGUGUUGCCUGAACUUCUAAUACCAUGGAGAGAUUUCGCAGCUCCAGCCCUAAUGACUCACAAAGCAAAUUCACACACCGUCUAAUCCUUUUAGAGCAGAGCUGUACUGACAUGUUUUUUGUGGUGGUUUAGUUGUGUUUUUAAAACCCUGUUUGUGGUUAUAGGUGAAUGUAUGUUUAGAUAAAAGAUUAAUCAGUUAUGAUUAGAUUGUAGAUU